AUGCUCUCGCUCGUGGGCGAUGAGACGAUGAUCCGCCAGACUGCGCAGCGGCUGGGCGAUGUCGUGCCGCCCGAGCGGCGGAUGGUCGUGACGAAUCAGCGGCUCGUUGCCGAUGUUGCAAAGCAACUACCGGAGCUCCCCGCGUCGUCGAUCGUUGGCGAACCCUGCAAGCGCGACACGGCGCCCUGCAUCGGCUUGGCGGCGCUGCUCGUCGCGAAGGCACGCCAGGACCCCGACGGCACGAUGAUCGUCAUGCCGGCCGACCAUGUGAUCGCAACACCCGAAGUCUUUCAGGCCGCGGUGAAGCAGGCCGAGGCCCUAGUGGACGCUGAGCCAUCGCGGAUCGUCACCUUCGGCAUCAAGCCGACCUACCCCGCCGAGAUCUUCGGUUACAUCCAACGGGCCGAAGCGCUAACGGACCCUUGCGGCGACGCGUCAGCGUUCAAGGUCGCGCGAUUCCGUGAGAAGCCCGACGCGGCGACCGCCGCCGAGUUUCUCGCUUCGGGUGACUUCUAUUGGAACAGCGGCAUCUUCUGCUGGCGGGCUUCGACCAUUCUAGACGCGCUGCGCGAACGCCAACCGGAGACGCUCGCCCAUCUCGAAAAGAUUGUCGACGCCUGGGACACGCCCGACGGGCCGGCCGUGUUCGAGCAUGAGUUCGCCGCCAUCAAGGGCGUGUCGAUCGACUACGCCGUGAUGGAGCACGCCACGAACGUCGCCGUCAUCGAGGCGCCCUUCGAGUGGGACGAUCUCGGCGGUUGGCAGUCGCUGCCGCGCCGCCUCGGCGCGGACGACGCCGGCAACACGAUCGUCGGCAAGCACCUCGGCCUCAACACCACUGGCACCAUCGUCCGCACGACGCCCGACCACCUCGUCGUCACGCUCGGAGUUGGAGACGCGCGGGUGGGAGAGCUUUUUAUGAAUGCGGAAAGUGGAAAGGGGAAUGCCGAAAGCGACGAUGCCAAUCCGCAAUCCGCAAUCCGCAAUCCGCAAUUGCAACGCGGUCGCAUCGGCGGCGUCGAUUACGGCACAGUCCGCAUCGGCGUGGCGAUCGGCGACCUCGAGGUCGGCAUGGCUUCGCCGCAUGAGAACUACAACCGGCGUAGCGAGCGGCUCGACGGCGAGUACUUCGCGACGCUCGCGCGGGAAGAGCGACUGAUCCGCUGGGUCGUCGGCCUGCCGGUGCACCUCGACGGCGGUGAGAGCCAGAAGUCGCUCGAAGCGCGGCGCUUCGGCAAGUGGCUGGCGGAGAAGACCGGCGUGCCGGUCGAGUUCUUCGACGAGCGCUACACGUCAUCGCAAGCCGAAGAGAUCCUGCAGGCGGCGAACCUCACCAGCAAACGCCGCAAGGCGCGACUCGACGCCCUCGCCGCACAGAUCAUGCUUACGGCGUAUCUGGAAAGCGGCGCGAAGGGCCAAACCGACCCAGGAUCGAUCGGGUAG